CGUAGUUCUCCUUAGUCGAGCACACUAAGGGGAAAGAGUGCAUGCGCUAGUGACGAAAGCGACUCGUCGCUUUCUUUUGGCGAAAGCUCGACGCUUAACGUAAUUGUGGGAGGCCGGGCGCGCCUGUUUGAGCUGCGCGAAAGAGCAUUCAAUUUCGUGGAGGGAGGCGGAGAAAGAAGGAUUCGCUGAUUUUGCUGAGGAAAGAAACGUUUUUUUGACCGAGACGGCGAAGCCGCCGGGAUGUUCGUGGCGCGAAGCAUCGCAGCUGAUCACCGCGACCUCAUCCACGAUGUUUCUUUUGACUUCCAUGGACGGCGCAUGGCCACUUGCUCUAGUGACCAGAGUGUUAAGGUUUGGGACAAAGGUGAAAAUGGAGAAUGGCAUUGUACUGCCAGUUGGAAGACACACAGUGGAUCUGUGUGGCGUGUGACAUGGGCUCAUCCGGAAUUUGGACAGGUCUUGGCUUCUUGCUCUUUUGAUAGAACAGCUGCUGUUUGGGAAGAAAUAGUAGGAGAAUCAAAUGAUAAACUUCGGGGACAAAGUCACUGGGUAAAGAGGACUACUUUGGUUGAUAGUAGGACAUCAGUUACAGAUGUCAAAUUUGCUCCCAAACAUAUGGGUCUCAUGCUAGCAACAUGUUCAGCAGAUGGAGUUGUUAGAAUAUAUGAAGCUCCGGAUGUUAUGAAUCUUAGUCAGUGGUCACUUCAGCAUGAAAUUUCAUGUAAAUUAAGCUGCAGUUGUAUUUCUUGGAAUCCUUCAAGUUCUCGUGCCCAUGCUCCUAUGAUAGCUGUAGGAAGUGAUGAUGGUAGUCCUAAUAUACUGGCUAAAGUACAGAUAUAUGAAUACAAUGAAAAUACCAGGAAGUAUGCAAAAGCAGAAACCCUUAUGACAGUUACAGAUCCUGUGCAUGACAUUGCCUUUGCUCCAAACCUUGGAAGAUCAUUCCAUAUAUUGGCAGUAGCUACCAAAGAUGUACGAAUAUUCACAUUAAAACCCCUAAGAAAAGAACUGAGUACUUCAUCUGGAUUGACAAAAUUUGAAGUUCAGUUAGUGGCCCAGUUUGAUCAUCACAAUUCCCAAGUCUGGCGUGUGAGCUGGAAUAUAACUGGCACAGUACUUGCAUCUUCAGGUGAUGAUGGAUGUGUAAGGCUUUGGAAGGCUAAUUAUAUGGAUAACUGGAAGUGCACUGGAAUACUGAAAGGCAAUGGAAGUCCAGUCAAUGCUAGUUCCACACAGCAGGGAGUUUUUAAUGCUCCUGUUGGCACAGCAACUUCAACUCUCCAGAAUUCAGUCAAUGGAACAUCGGUUGGCAGGAAUGGAAAGCGAUCUUUUUCCCUUCCCCAUCGGCGUCUGACCUCUUCCAAAGACACCAGCAAUCUGUCUACUACUAAAUGCAAAUCAAAUCACUUUUUAAAAAAAUGCUAUAUGUGUACUCUACUGCCAGCACAGUAUGAUCUUGUUGGAAUCUAACAAAAAAAAAGUAACAGGAUUCUCUUAUGGAUUCCAUUUCUCAAAAAGACAUGUUGCGAGAGAAAGACGGAAAUCACUAAUGUAAAGAGGAUUAUUGUCCUUGCAUUCUAAGCUUGUUAGGAGAUAAAUCUUUAAUGUAAAACAAUUGGAGUAACUUUUUCAUUUAAAUUGUUUUGAUUAUUUUAACUUUGUUUGGCUUUUUGAAGUGUUCACAUAGACUCUAAAACAAUUAGUUUUGCUAAUGGAUUGUAGUAUACAAUUAGUCAUAAACAGUGUGGACACAUUGUAAUUUGGCAACUGUGGAGUUGAUAUCAAAUUUGGUAUUAUUUCAGAACUACUUCAGAUGAAAAUCACAAAACUAUUAGUAACUAGUAACUAUUAGUAACAUAUUUUUGUUGUCUUGAUAAGAAUGAUCUGAACAUACCUGAUAAUUGCAUGUAAUAGUAGCAUGAAUCCAUGCAAUAAUUAGUAAGAUUUCAUCUUAUUGGUUUUGUGAUGGAAAUCUAGUCCAAAUGAAUGUUUGUUCUAUGGUAUUAUUAAUUUGGUAUGGGAAUUAUCAUCUUGUGACCCCAACCAGUUCCUGCAUUGCCAAGUAUUUACACCUUGCUCUAUUCAGUGCAGUUGUUGCCUUGAAAUAAACCGAAGUGGUGUCCUAGGGCAAACAUUCAAUUAAUGCCUUGUUUUACAUAGUGGCAUGUCAGUGUGGCUUUAAAUAUGUCUUGUCUCAAAAUUUACUAACUUUUCUGUUCUGUAAAUUUAUGUACAUUUCCAAAGAUUGUAAAGAUUACAAAGUUUUCUUCUAUUACGGGUAAGUCAUAGGAAGUAGUAUGGAAUGAUCUUUUAAGCCAUUAAUUCAGAAGUUUUGAUUAUCUUGUGUUUUUUCCAGAGAGGUGUAUAUAAGCACACAGACUGUUAUUGCAAUGGAAAAAGAACAACUGUGUAUAUUGUGAAAAUCUUAACAUUGUAAAACUAUGUUUUUAUCUUUAAAUUUGAUGUAUUCAUCUGAGUAGAAAUAAUCUCAAUUGGAUGCAAAUGAGCAGACCAAUCUGGAUAUAUAAUUUGUGUCUGUUUUUCUGUAAUUGUAUUAAAACAGCAUGAUUUGUAGGAAUAAAUGAGAAGGCAUGCAAUAGUUCAGUUAACUUA